AUGCAGGCCAAAAAACGGUUUCUUCUUCUAUUCGUGUUAUGUGCAUUUUUAAUUUAUUGUUAUUUUAGCACAUACCAUUUGAAAUCAGAAGUAAAUCAAAAUACUCGAGUUAAUCAGUUGCCCAGCUACGCCACGUUUGAAGAGUUGUUAGAACUUCCUUCUGAACCACACAGAAGAUUAGGAUCAUUAACAAAUCCUUGUAGAAUGCAGACUUGUUUUGAUUUUUCUAAAUGUGGUAAUGAUCCCAAAAUUUAUGUUUAUCCCAGUGAUGGACCUGUUAGUGCUUCGUACCGAAAGGUUUUAUCAGUUAUUAGAGAAUCUCGAUAUGCUACGAGGGACCCUAAUGAAGCUUGUCUUUUUGUACCAGCAAUAGAUACUCUAGAUGCUGAUCCACUAUCACCAGAACAUGUUCAAGAUGUAGCUUCACGAUUGUCUCGAUUACCUUAUUGGAAUAAUGGCCGUAAUCACCUGAUAUUCAAUUUGUAUGCUGGAACCUGGCCUGAUUACGCUGAAAAUGCCAUAGGCUUUGAUCCUGGUGAAGCACUUUUGGCUAAGGCUAGUGCUUCAGAGACCUUUUUCCGAGAUGGCUUUGAUAUCUCCUUGCCAUUAUUUCACAAGGAACAUCCUGAGAGAGGCGGUGUUCCUCCUGCAGCUCUUAGCAAUGCUUUUCCAGCUCCUAGGAGACAUCUGUUAGCCUUUAAAGGCAAAAGAUAUGUGCAUGGAAUUGGCAGUGAAACAAGAAACUCAUUGUGGCACCUACAUGACAGUAAUCAUCUCAUUUUGGUAACUACUUGCCGUCAUGGGAAAUCUUGGAAAGACUUACGGGAUGAACGAUGUGAUGAAGACAACAGAGAAUAUGAUAAGUUUGAUUAUGAGCAGUUAUUGGCCAAUUCCACAUUUUGCUUAGUAGCAAGGGGGCGCCGUCUUGGGUCAUACCGUUUUCUUGAAGCUUUAGCAGCAGGAUGCAUACCAGUCUUGUUAAGUAAUGGUUGGCGGUUGCCAUUUGAUGAACGGAUUGACUGGCGGCGUGCAGUAAUAUGGGCUGAUGAACGUUUACUCUUACAGGUGCCCGAACUUGUGCGCUCUAUUCCUCCUGAGCGUAUUCUUGCUUUACGACAGCAGACGCAAUUUUUAUGGGAACAGUAUUUUUCUUCAAUAGAGAAAAUCGUUUUUACUACAAUAGAGAUUCUUUUGGAGCGCGUAUUAACUCACAGGUCAUCGAGACAACGCGAAGCCUUAAUCUGGAACGCCUCUCCUGGUGCUCUCGGUACUUUGGCUACAUAUGGAGAUUCGCGUGUUCACUACCCCAUUGUCGCGCCCGUAUUACAAGCUCCACCGUGUCCAUCUGCUCCUCUCUCUCCUCUCCCCGCUCCCUCUGUGCCUGUAGAAUCGCCGCCGCCUACACCUGGUAAUAUGUUUACUGCGUUGUUAUAUGUUCAAGCGACGUCACCAGCAUUACAUAAACUACUCGCUAACUUAGCGAGUAGUGAGUAUUGUGAAAAGGUUGUCUUAGUAUGGGACAGUGAACGAGCAGCUCCUUCACUCAAGUCACUGGCACGGUUAGCAGGAGAUGCUCGAGAUCCAUUACCCGUGCUCGUCGUCGAUGCUACCACGCAUUACCCUGGGGAAGGUGUUUCAGCUCGAUGGCAACCGCUAUGGGCGGUGCCGACUGCCGCUGUGUUCUCUUUAGACGGAGACGCACCCCUGUUGGCCGAGGAGCUGGAUUUCGCUUUCCGAGUGUGGCAACAUUUUCCCGAGCGUAUAGUCGGUUAUCCUGCUCGGACUCAUUUCUGGGACGAGGCAAAGGGUGCGUGGGGCUACAGCAGCAAGUGGGGCGCGUCGUACUCGCUGGUGUUGCCGGGCGCGGCGCUGGUGCACCGCUCGUGGCUGGCGCAGUACGCGGCGGCGGCGCCGGCGCUGCGCCUCGCCGUGCGGCGCACGCGCAACUGCGAGGACAUCCUGCUCAACUGCCUCGUGGCGCACCUCACGCGCCGCCCGCCGCUCAAGCUCGCUCAACGCCGACGAUACAAGACUGCACAUCAUCGAUAUAAAUCAUCAUGGAGCGAUCCCGAGCACUUUGUACAGAGGCAGUCCUGCCUCAAUACGUUUGCUACGGCUUGGGGUUACAUGCCACUAUGCACUCGUUACCUUAGACCGCGCAGCUGGUGGGUGAACACGAUUAGUGCAUCUUUACUUUGGCAAAUUUGGAUUCAGGCGCGCUAA